AAACCACAAAGACACUCUCAAUAACUAUCUGCUAAAAAGUGUGUUGGAUUUGGAUUCUUCAAAGUUCAAACCAUGUUUAUGUCUUCUCUCCUUUGGAGCUGCAUUGCAAUGUGUGUUUCACUUGCACUUGCACUUCCACACCCUCCUUCUUCUUCUUCUUCUUCUUCACACCAACCUCUUAAGAUUACUCGCUUACCAGGUCAACCCCAUGUUGAGUUUCAACAGUUUUCAGGUUAUGUUACUGUUGAUAACAGCAACAACAAAGCACUUUUCUUCUACUUUGUUGAAGCUCAAAAGGAUGCACCUUCCAAACCCCUUGUUCUUUGGCUCAAUGGAGGGCCUGGUUGUUCUUCUAUUGGAGUUGGUGCAUUUUCUGAAAAUGGACCAUUUAGGCCAAAAGGAGAGGCCUUGGUGAGGAACCAAUUCAGCUGGAACAGAGAAGCAAAUGUUUUGUACUUGGAAACACCAAUUGGAGUUGGAUUCUCUUAUUCAAAAGAUACUUCCUCUUAUGUGGGUGUAAAUGACAAGAUCACAGCCAGGGAUAACUUAAUAUUCUUGCAAAACUGGUUUGUAAAGUUCCCACACUACAGAAACAGAAGUUUGUUCAUAGUAGGAGAAAGCUAUGCUGGCCACUAUGUUCCUCAACUUGCUGAGCUUAUGCUAGAAUUCAACAGAAAAGAGAAGUUGUUCAAUUUAAAAGGCAUUGCUCUUGGCAACCCAGUUCUUGAAUUCGAAACAGAUUUCAAUUCAAGAGCUGAGUUCUUCUGGUCACAUGGACUAAUCUCAGAUGUAACAUUUCAAAUGUUCACAUCUGUGUGUAACUAUUCAAGAUAUGUGAGGGAAUAUUACAGUGGUGCUGUUUCUCCUAUGUGUUCAAGGGUUAUGAGCCAAGUUAGCACAGAAACUAGUAGAUUCGUCGACAAGUAUGAUGUUACACUUGAUGUUUGUAUAUCUUCAGUGUUUUCACAAACCAAGGUCCUCAAUCCUCAGCAAGUUACCGAAACCAUAGACGUGUGCGUUGAAGAUGAAACGGUGAAUUAUCUGAACAGGAAGGAUGUUCAGUCGGCUUUGCAUGCGCGACUGGUCGGAGUAACAAGAUGGUCUGCUUGCAGCAAUGUGCUAGAUUAUGAGCUGCGCGAUUUGGAGAUACCAACAAUCACAGUUGUUGGUAAAUUAGUCAAGGCAGGAAUACCAGUCUUGGUCUACAGUGGUGAUCAGGAUUCAGUUAUACCAUUGACUGGAAGUAGAAAAUUAGUGCACCAAUUGGCAAGAAAACUGAGGCUGAGAACCACUGUGCCAUACAGGGUCUGGUUUGAGGGGGAGCAGGUGGGUGGCUGGACUCAAGUUUAUGGUAAUAUCCUUUCAUUUGCCACCAUUAGAGGAGCAUCACAUGAAGCUCCAUUUUCACAGCCUAAGAGAUCACUUGUGCUGUUCAAGUCCUUCUUAGAGGGUCGACCUUUACCUGAAGAAUUUUAAUGAUAUGAUGGAAACUAAGUAUAAAUUAUUCUUGUUGUAGCUAAGCUUUUCUGAGACUGGUAUUUUGUUCGUUUGGUUGUUAAUCAAAUUUGGUAAUCUUGUAGAAAAUUUUGUAAAGUUCUCAAGCAAGGAGAAAUGAGAAAAUGUGUUUAUUAUUAGUAUGUUUCUUUUCAUUUUUGUUGUCAUAGUACCAUUUCUUUGUUC